GAGCAGAGCAUCAGAAUCCGGUGAACACACUGGCGAAGGCACCCAAAGAGAAACGCGACUGUAGACGGAAAAUCGGAGUGCUCAAGAAUAACAAUCGCGCUCGUACGGGACAAUCUUCCCACCUGAGUUAUGUCUGUUUGACCGAGUUUUUUGUGAUUGUGUUUUUUAACUUUUUGUACUUGUUUGACGUUUUUUUUAACUUUUUUCUUCGAAUAUGACAACAACGACGGUUAUCAAAUCACCAACAUGGUGGAACCGCAGGACAAAAAUGGAACGGUGUUUGACGUUAACCACUGUCGUCAUAGCAUUGGUUGGGAUUUCCCUCUUAGUUGCCCUGGCAACGGUUUUGGUCAAUAAUGCAAAAAAUAGGAGCCAUACAAUCAACAGCUCCUACAUCGCAGAACCUCUGCUAGGAUCCCAACCAUCGAUCAUAAAUACAGUCCAAGACGGCCAAACUGUAACAAACAAAAUUUGCCUGACGCCCGGAUGCAUCCACACAGCCUCAAAGGUCCUGGAAUACAUGGACCCUUCAGUGGACCCCUGCGACGACUUCUACCAAUUCACCUGCGGGAAUUUCCUCAAGAAGACCAGCAUCCCGGACGAUAAGGCGUCGGUGACGUCGUUCAGCAUCAUAAGUGAUUUAUUGCAAGAGCAGCUCAGAUCCAUGAUCGAGGAGCCCAUAGAUCCGAAGGAGCCCAAACCCUUCCAACUCACCAAAAAACUCUAUAGGGCUUGCAUGAACAAGACCCUCAUCGAGAAAGAGGGAUUGACCACCAUCCAUCAGAUAUUCAGGAAUCUUGGAGGAUGGCCGGUUUUGGAAGGGGACAUGUGGAGAGAUGGCGAUUUUGACUGGAGAAAGGCGGUGUAUAAAUUUAGGAAGCACGGAUACAGCGUGGAUUACCUCAUCGACUUUUCCGUGGGGAUCGACCUCAAAAACUCAACCCGAAGAAUAAUAGACUUGGACCAAGCAUCUUUUGGCCUGAGGAGGGAAUUUCUCACCAGGGGACUCUCCGAUAAAUUGGUCAAAGCCUAUUUUGAUUACAUGGUAGAUAUAGCAGUUUUGUUCGGAGCCGAAAGACCUAGAGCACUCAAAGAAUUAGAGCAAUCUCUGGAUUUCGAAAUAAAAUUGGCAAACAUUUCCUUACCAAGUGAAAAGAGAAGAAACGCAUCUUUGUUGUACAAUCCAAUGACCGUGGAAGAACUGCAGAACAGGUUCCAAAGCGUUCCUUGGCUGGAAUACAUCAAUACAUUGUUAGCUCCAGAUACUGUGAUAACCAAAGAGGAAGUAGUUGUAGUCAGUGUGCCAUCUUAUAUCACUGACCUAGAAAAGAUUCUUGCAGUGACCCCCAAAAGGGUUCAGGCAAAUUACAUAAUGUGGAGAGCAGCUGCUUCAUCUGUAUCAUACCUAACUGAGGCUCUGAGAAGACGUCAGUUGGAGUACACCACAGUGGUGUCUGGUAAAACAGAAAGAGCACCAAGAUGGAAGGAAUGCGUCGACAUAUCUGCUGGCAGUCUGUCUACCGCUGCUGGUGCUUUGUACGUCAGGAAAUACUUCAAUGAAGAAGCCAGACAGAACGCUUUGGAAAUGGUGCGUGAUAUAAGGGCCGAAUUCGAGACAAUUUUAAAAGAGGUGGAAUGGAUGGAUGACGAGACUAGAAAAAAUGCCCUGGACAAAGCAAAAUCUAUGGCCACGCAUAUCGCGUACCCGGAUGAACUUUUGGAUGACAGCAAAUUGGAGGAGUUCUAUCAAAACUUGGAAAUGGAUGAGAACAACUAUAUGGGUUCCGUUCUAAAUCUCACACUCUUCGGUACCCAAUUCUCGUUUAAACGUUUGAGGCAACCAGUGAACAAGACUGAUUGGAUAACCCACGGAAGACCAGCAAUUGUAAACGCGUUUUAUUCGUCCAUCGAGAACAGUAUACAGUUUCCAGCAGGUAUUCUGCAGGGAGUAUUCUUCAAUGCUGAUAGGCCGAGAUACAUGAACUAUGGAGCAAUCGGAUUCGUUAUCGGUCACGAAAUCACCCACGGUUUCGAUGAUCAAGGUAGACAGUUCGACAAGAAUGGAAAUUUAGUAGACUGGUGGGCACCCUCAACCCAGAAGGCCUUCAUAGAAAAAGCCCAGUGCAUUAUAGAUCAAUAUGGAAAUUACACAGUUCCAGAAAUUGGACGCAACCUCAAUGGGAUCAACACCCAAGGAGAAAACAUUGCAGAUUGCGGUGGCCUAAAAGAGGCCUACGUCGCCUACGAAAGCUGGACUAAGCGACACGGCGAAGAACCUUACCUUCCUGGUAUCAACCUGAACGGACGCCAGAUGUUCUGGGUCUCUGCAGCCCACAUUUGGUGCUCCAAGUACAGGAAAGAAGAUCUGAGACAAAUCGUGGUCACCGACGAACAUUCACCAGAUAAAUUUAGGGUCAUAGGACCCAUGAGCAACAUGCAAUACUUCGCGAAGGAUUUCAAUUGUUCACUUGGUUCUACCAUGAACCCCGUUCAUAAAUGCAAAGUUUGGUGAUGACUCCACCAACUGAAUCUCUUUGUCCCUUCAUCUGGAGGUCUGAUUCGAUUGAAAUCCUGAUAGAAGACUGCUUAUUGUCUCGAUCUAACACAAUGACACAAGUGCAUGAACAUUUCCAAUACGAACAACGAUUUCUCCACUUGCAUCUUAUACUAAUAUUAAUGUACCUUAAGGUUCUCGUAGAUCUCUAACACUGUACAUAAGAUCCUGUAUUAUUGUAAAUCUUAACCUUUCACAGAGUAUGGAUUCGAUUUGAAUUACCAUUGCUGGAACAUUUAGUAUACGAACAUUCUGAGCUGUCUCGACAUCAUCGUGGAUUUUUCCUCUCAAAUAUCACCAUACAUUGCUUUUAUAAUGAUGGAUGGACUCACACACACAGCAUCCUCAUUAUUGAAUUAAUCAUCAAUGAUUCUGACCACUUUGUAUUUUUAAACGUAUCGUCUUAAUUUAUCAUUUCUUAAAUAUGUUUCUAUGUCAAAUUAAUUGUAAGUUUAUCACUUUUUCCACUCAAAUCUAAGUUGUCAUCAAGUCUAAUCUACCAUGUACUCCCUCGUGGUGGGUGGUUUAACAAGGAGCGUCUCCAAAUCAAUAUAAAAUGAAAAAAUAUCCGAUUUGACCGACCGACACUCUAAUCACUAGACUCAAGAUAUCCAAAAUGAUUUUUAGUUGAAUGGAAUCAACACCCAGGGGGAAAACAUAGCAGAUAACGGCGGGAUCAAAGAGUCCUAUCUGGCCUAU